AUGAAAGGGCAAGUCAAGGUCAACCUCACACCCACCAACUACUCCAUGAAAGGCUCCCCAGGCGGUCUAGCCUGCCUCAACACCCUCUUCCACUCCCACAUAUACACCAUCACAUUCACCAAUGCACGCAUCCCAUUCGGCUGUGUGACCAUUGAAGCCCUCUGUCUAUCCCACUUUUUCCCAGCCACUACAAAAUAUGUGUGGGCUUACACAGGCAUGUUGUAUUGGGCUACAAUGUACCUAUCACAUCACUACCUCAUUGACAUGGUAGGGGGUGCAUGCCUCGCCACUGCAUUCUUCUACCUCUUCCUCCCAGAUGACCUCAGAGGCUCUGCAGUGCUCACACCCCCACCCAACCUCACCUCUUCGUCCUGGUUCAGGGGCAGGUCAAAGUACAAAGUGUACAAUUUAGAGGACCCACAUAGGGGAGGAGGGGGAGGAGGGAUGAAUGGGAUGGUGGAUACUGCAGAUUUUGAACUGAGCUAG